AUGGUGGAACUUAAAAGUGGGUACCAUAUAAAGAGGUUAAGGACAAAUAGAGGAGGGGAGUUCAAUUCACAUGAGUUUGUGCAGUUUUGUGAAGAAUUGGGAAUAGAAAGACAGCUCACUAUUGCCUACUCUCCCCAACAAAAUGGCGUGGCAAAAAGGAAGAACAGAACAGUUAUGGAAAUGGCGAAGUGCAUGGUUCAUGAGAAAGAGAUGCCAUACAACCUGUGGUGUAAAGCAAUAAACACAGUAGUGUAUUUGUUAAAUCGAAGUCCAACAAAAGCUUUAGAAAACUCUACACCUUUUGAGAGGUUUAGUGGAAGAAAGCCAGGUAUUAAACACUUAAAAGAGUUUGGCUCAGUGUGUUAUCCUUUAGUUCCAGGAGCUGUGAGACACAAGUUGGAAGCAACAAGUGCCAUAGGUGUUUUUAUUGGCUAUGGCAUCUAUGAUAAGGGAUAUAGGAUACUGAAUCCUAUAACUCAGAAAGUGUUACUCUCUAGAGAUGUGAUCUUUGAUGAACAUGGCAAGUGGGAUUGGGAGAAGCACAAAGUCUAG